AGAAGGGACUUCAACCUGAAAUACUACAUUUCAGUAUCUGUCAACCAGGAUCAUCAUCGUUGUCAUCAACACAAGCUUUUUGUGUCUUCAACUAAGGAUCAGAUAUGGGUUUUCGUUUACCUUCUGUGAUUCUUCAUGCCAAGCAAGUUCUAAAACUGCAGUCUAGGAACCAGACAGAUGUUCCAAAAGGCCAUAUUGCAGUUUAUGUUGGAGAAAUCCAGAAGACAAGAUUUGUGGUUCCCAUUUCAUACUUGAAUCACCCUUCUUUUGUGGAUUUGCUCAACCUGGCUGAGGAAGAGUUUGGGUUUAAUCAUCCCAUGGGUGGUCUUACAAUUCCAUGCGACGAAGAUGCCUUUCUUCAUCUCACUUCUCAGCUGCAUGGCUGCUGAAAGAUUAAUAUAUAAGUUUUGUUAAUUGAAUUCUUUAAUUCCAUUGCAGAAUAUUAUAAGAACUUGUAACUGUAGAUACUACCUUUUGACAAUUGACAUGAAUGGAGUGAAGAGAUAGAUUAUGUAUGCUCUCUCCCAACAAGAUUUUGUCAAAAAAUGAUAAUGAAAUUCUUUGUUUUUGAAGCCUA